UUAGGCAGUGGCUUGUGUUGUGUGCUGGAGACCGGUUAUAUAGAUAGACUAGCUGCAGUGCUUCUGGUUGAGCUGCUGUAGUGUAGUAAAAUUAUAUUAUAUAAAAAUUAGCUUAUGUGCACUUUUUAUUUUCUUUUUUAUAAGUGUAAUGCUCUUUUGAGAUCAGCCUGCCUCUAAAGCCUGGACUAUUGAUUAUUAUUAGGGACUGGGGUUUGGUGGUGAGAGGGAACAGAGCAGACAGCUGAUAGGACCGUGUGUCUCUCUCUCUCCAGCCUCAUUCCCUCAGUACAGAGCGAUUCUUCACAGCAGCCACAUGGAGAGGAGCCGCUAAUAAAUGAUCACAGGACAGCGAAUCAGACAAAACAUCGAACAUAAAAAUACAGAAUACAGAACCCCCAGUAAGAGGCAAGAAAAAACUCCCUCAGAGCUGGAAGAGGAAGAAACCUUUGGAGGAUCAAGAUCUACAUAUAAGAGGGGACCAAUCUACCACUGAACCAAAGCGUCCUGCCUUUGCUAUGGAGAAUCUCACCUGACCGACUUUGCCUUGUCUGGAUUAAUAUAAUGCCGUUUUGCCCAAGAUGACUGAGGUGACUCAUGCUUACAUCAGUGAAAAUGGUAAGGAUGUGGGUAAAACGCUGGACUGGAACUACAUUGAAUGGCACCAAGAUGAUAUCAUGGCCAAAAGCACUGACGCCGAGACUCAGACUGUUCCUAAUGGAACAACCGAGGACAAAGAGACACAAACCAGUAAUCCCUGCAUUAUGAGAAUAGACCUGGAAAGGACACCCUCGAGACUGAGGCACAGUUUGGUAAAGGAAACAGACGGCAUGCCCACUGCACUAUUUCAGUUUGAUAGACAAGCCCCGGCUCGCAUCUCCACAUCUCCCACUCUGAGGAGGAUGAGGAGUACGAGACUUCCUUCUCGGGAAAUGGGAAAGAUGGACAGCACUCAAGAGGAGUCAGGGGCAUGGGAAACAUCCUCUCCGAGGAGUCCUUUGUCACCAGUGUAUCGUCAAAAGUCCCCUCUCGCUGUCAUUCCGGCUCAGUCCAACGGAGAGGGUGACCAGGAUGGACAUUCAGAUAGAACAGUGCCCCACGGGAAAAUCAGAUCACUUAGAUCUAAGACAAUCGAUAGUAGUGGCAUUUGCACAAGGAAAGAGUACCUUAGUCUGACUGAGGGCGUUGACUCUGACAGCACAACUGACGAUACUGAACAGGUGAAGGAGCCCGGUCAAAAAAGCAGGUUACAGGAGAGGAGGAGAAGCUCUGUGGUUGUGACUCUUCCUGGAUUGGAUGUUUCCCCGGGUGACCUCUUUGUUUCCAAUGGUGCUGCAGACAUCUUAAACCGAUCCACGUAUUCAGAUACCAAGAAGUCGAAGUGGCCGUUUUCAAGGCGUAGCACGACUAAAGUCAAGACGCGCACCUCUGCAGACAUCGACAAAUGUCUAACGUCCAUUCAGAUCCUGGAGUGGAGAGACACAGACUUCCAGCAAUACAAGGACUUGACUCUGGAGGAGUUUCUAAAGGGCCAGCCGGAGCUGAGGCUGGAGGAGGACCCCAGAGCACACAAGAGACAAGAGGCCAUCUGGGAGCUCUUCACCAGCGAGUGUGUUUACUUCCUAGAUCAGCUGAUGGUGCUGAAAGAGGUUUUUCUGACCACCCUUUCAGACCUUCAGAUGAGAGACUGUUUACAAGACAUUGACUCCUGGGGGCUGUUUGCCAACCUCAAUGAACUCUGUUUGGUUAGCUUUGGCUUCCUGACCAGUCUGCUGCGUGUCAUUAAAGAAUUGUGGGCGACUCCAGAAACAGACGUCACACAGACUCUCCUAGCAGUGAUGAAAAAGGCUUUUGGAGAGAGCAUCUGCCACUGUCUACAGAAGUACUGCCUUAACUACACUACAGCAAUUCUGUACCUGGACAGCCUGAAGACCAGGGAGGACUUUGGUUCCUAUGUGAAGUGGUGUGAGCGAAAGGAGCAGUGUCGGAGGCUGCAGCUGAAGGACCUGUUGGUGGCUCCUCUACAGAGGUUCACUCGCUACCCUCUGCUCCUGAAGAACAUUGAGAGGAGGAGCAGUGGUGAGGAAGAAGAAGGAGGUCUGCAGAGCGUAGUGGAGCUGGUAGACAGAGCUAUAUGUGAUCUGGAGGGCAAGGUCAAAUGGCUGGAUAACUAUCAGAAAGUCAAGCAGCUGAAAGAGGCCUUGGUGUGGCUCCCAGUGUGGGAAAUAGAUAAGAAGGCACAUGUUCCAGAGAGUCUGAAACACUUGUUAAAAGCUGUGACUUUAGAAAACCUGGUCUCGAACCGUGUUCUCCUGUACGAGGGGAAACUCAUACUGACGGAGAAUGCGAAGCUGCAUGAAGUUUACCUGUUCCUUUUUGAUGAAUUCCUCCUGAUCACCAAGAUCAAACGAAGUAAAAAGCAGAAGUCUGGAGGAGUGGAGGCGCACCUCCUCCGCCCAGCAGUCGGACAGGAGCUGGAGACGCUGCUGCAGGAGGGCUGCAGCUUCACAGUUCUGGACCAGCCCAUCUCACUGGAUCGACUGCAGCUCCGCAACAUAGACCAGCUCAAUGCUACAGCAUCCAGUCUUCACCAUUCCUUCAUCCUCAUGCACCAGAACCGUUACCAGCAGUGCAUCGGCGUGUUUGUUCUGCAGGCCCAGAAUGAAUCUGCUAAGAAAGCCUGGCUGUCGGAGAUCGAGGAGGCGGUUGGUGGAAUGCUGAAGCGUGACCGGCAGCAGCCCCGGAUAAAGAACUCCUCACUGUACGUGGAGUCUUCACAGAUCUAACCCACGGCAUCACACACUCACUGUACAGUUGCUCCUGUAGAAAACUGUUCACUCAGCUACAGGGAUUCCAGCAUUCCUGCACGGUGGCCACUUGUUCAUUUCUGACACUGAUCUACUAACUAUAGCAGCAUGCCGGUGGUGCUGGUGCCACUGACGUAGUGUUUUAAUUUCUGAGAAAAAAAAUAUUCGGAGCAAAGUCCGCUCAAGCUAUUUGCAUGGCUGUUUGGCAAACUGACUGAUGGUGCUGCUGCUGUGACGUUUCAACAACCGAGGAUUGAGUCGGCCAUAGAGGUGGGAUAUUCUGGCAAGCACUACACUGCACUGGCAAAGGCAGUCUGGACUUUUUUUUUUAUUAAAGUUUCUUUUGAAACUCGUA